UUCAUGUGGACGCCACGUCAUCAAUGUGUUGCACAUGACAACUAUCUCUGUCCUCUUCUUCCACCAUCCGCCUACUCCUUGACGUGAACGGUGAUACCAUGUUACCCACCACCCCAGCGAAGGAGAACCAUUCUAUUUCCUCCCGUCUUUCUCAAUGAAUUUACGAGAAAUUCCAUUGAAACUCUGAGUCUCAACUCUCCGAUCAGACGGGUACCAUGGGAACCUGCACCUCCAAACCUCCCAAGCCCAAUCCAUACGCCACCAGAGAAACCGUAGAAGAAGAAAACACUAACCCUACGAGAACUCCGGCGAAUGAAUCAGUCGCCGGAGAAGACGGAAAUAACUAUGCAGGGAAUGGGAAAAAAUCGCCGCUCUUCCCCUUCUACAGUCCUAGCCCCGCUCACUACUUUUUCUCCAAGAAAUCUCCGGCGCUACCUUCCGGGAGUGCCAAUUCGACGCCGCGGAGGGUUUUCAAGCGUCCUUUUCCGCCGCCGUCUCCGGUGAAGCAUAUUAAGGCUAUGCUGGUGAGGCGGCACGUGGCCGUGAAGCCGAAUAAUGCGGCGGAGACGGAGGGGAGCGAUGUUGGGAAGUUGGAUAAGAGUUUUGGAUUUUCGAAGCAGUUUACUAGUAAGUAUGAGGUUGGCGAAGAGGUGGGACGAGGUCAUUUUGGGUAUACCUGUUCGGCUAGGUCUAAGAAGGGUGACCUUCAGGGUCAACAAGUUGCUGUGAAGGUCAUACCCAAGGCCAAGCUGACAACAGCUAUUGCAGUUGAGGAUGUGAGAAGGGAGGUGAAAAUAUUGCGAGCCUUGACAGGACAUAACAAUCUUGUACAGUUCUAUGAUGCGUUCGAAGACCUUGAUAAUGUUUAUAUAGUAAUGGAGUUGUGCCAAGGAGGGGAGCUCUUAGAUAGAAUACUUGCAAGGGGUGGGAAAUACUCAGAAGGUGAUGCAAAGGCUAUUAUGGUCCAGAUAUUGAACGUGGUUGCCUUUUGUCAUCUCCAGGGUGUGGUGCAUCGUGAUCUUAAACCAGAGAAUUUCCUGUAUACCUCUAAGGAAGAAAACUCCCAGUUGAAAGUCAUAGAUUUUGGCUUAUCGGAUAUUGUCAGACCAGAUGAAAAGCUCAAUGACAUUGUUGGAAGUGCAUACUAUGUGGCACCUGAAGUUCUCCACAGGUCUUACAGUACAGAUGCAGAUGUAUGGAGUAUAGGUGUGAUAGCAUAUAUUCUUCUAUGUGGUAGUCGUCCAUUUUGGGCCCGGACUGAAUCUGGCAUUUUUCGGGCAGUCCUAAAAGCCAAUCCAAGUUUUGAUGAAGCACCUUGGCCUUCAUUGUCUUCAGAAGCAAAGGACUUUGUCAAGCGUCUAUUAAAUAAAGACCCCCGGAAACGGAUGACCGCUGCUCAGGCUCUAAGUCAUGCCUGGAUUCGGAACUGCAAUGAUGCAAGAGUCCCACUUGAUAUUCUUAUAUUCAGACAAAUGAAAGCGUAUAUGCGAUCAUCAUCUUUGCGUAAGGCUGCUUUAAGGGCCCUGUCUAAGACAGUGACUGCAGAUGAACUUUGCUAUCUGAAGGAGCAGUUUGCACUGUUGGAUUCAAGCAAAAAUGGCAGCAUCACCUUAGAAAAUAUUAGAAUGUCCCUGAUGAAAAAUGCAACCGAUGCUAUGAAGGAGUCCCACAUCCCUGAUUUCCUUUCUUCGCUAAAUACACUUCAAUACAGAAGGUUGGAUUUUGAAGAGUUCUGUGCAGCUGCAUUAAGUGUCCAGCAGCUGGAGGCACUUGAUCGCUGGGAACAACAUGCUCGUCGCGCAUAUGAAAUUUUUGAGAAAGAUGGGAACAGGGCGAUUGUCAUUGAAGAACUUGCAUCAGAACUCGGGCUUAGUCCCUCUGUCCCAGUCCAUUCCGUUCUCAAUGACUGGAUAAGGCAUACUGAUGGGAAGCUAAGCUUCCUUGGGUUUGUCAGAUUGUUGCAUGGUGUGUCAACCCGAACCCUCGGAAAAGUGCAGUGACAACAUGAAGCAUGUCGUAGAAAUCUUGGAGGCACAAAUAGGGCAACAAAUAGUCUUCAGACUCUGCAUCUCUCAGGUGUUCUCUAAGGCUCAGUUCUUCAACAAUUCUGACCUCCCUGCAAGACUGCUUUGACAGAAAUAUUGAACCUUACACUCAUAUGCUAAUUGCUCAAGGGUGCUUGAACUGGUCAGGACCUGCAAUUCCAGUCCUUUUUUUCGUUUCCAAUCAACGAAGCUCACUAUGGGGUUUGAAGUUGUAGAUGGUGUAACCACCCCCGGCUGCAAUUGAUUCUACUUAUACCCUUCCAAUGAUAGUCCAUAAAAUGUUUCAUUUAUCAUAUUCCAAGUCUUCUCUCCUCUUCACAAAUAGACAUGUAUGGAUAUUCUUAAUUUCUUCUAUAAAUAACUCCACACUUCCAAGUUGGUGA